AGGGCCUUGCCAAACAUUUAUUCAAUAUGAAAUUUUACAACACUGGUCUAUGUAAAACGAGUCUUUACCAGCACUGGAGAUUAGUUCAGAAAUUAUCGCACGACUUUAAUAUUUAUUCUUGAAACGGAUAAUUUUGUGCUGGUUUUGUAUUGAAAACAAUUAUUUUUACUGCGAAGCCAUGUCCGCGGCCCAGCGACAGAAGCAAUUCGAUCUGAAUCGACGCCAUACGACUGCACCUGCCCUAAACAGCACUGCGUCCAACGCCAGCAUCAGCAUCAGCACCAGCACCACCACCAACAACAAAAACAACAACACCGAAACUGGGAAUCCGAAAAAUGUGGUUUCCCCGCGUCAACGUAAACUUCAAACGUCGAUGGAACGGCUGCAGGUGCAACAGCCGAAUGUCAGUAGGCGAGCUGCCGGCUCCAACUGGAUGGCAUCAGCAGUCGGAGGAGGACCUCCAGCGGGAUCUGCUCCGGGCAGUGAGAACACGAUGAAGGAGCAGGAUGGACCACCACCACUAACCAAAUCCGCGCGCACGCGCAACAAAAAGAAGGCUCAGCGCAACAGGUACUUGGCCAUGGACUGUGAAAUGGUUGGUGUGGGACCCAACGGCCAGGACGACAUGCUGGCCCGCGUGUCGAUCGUGAAUCGCGUGGGCGAGGUGCUGCUGGACAAGCACGUAAAGCCCCGCCAGGAGGUGACCGACUACCGCACCAGCGUUUCUGGCAUCCGCCCCCAGGAUAUUGCGAAUGGCGAGGACUUUGCCGUGGUGCAGAACGAGGUGGUGAGGCUUCUGCACGGAAAGAUUCUCGUCGGGCACGCCAUCCGCAACGACAUUGCCGUCCUGAACAUUCGACACCCGUUUGAACACAUCCGCGACACUUCACGCUACAAGCCCCUCUGCCGGCUUGUCUCCAACGGGCACACGCCCAGCCUCAAACGCCUCACCAUGGCCGUUCUGGGCCAGGAGAUCCAGACCGGCGAGCACAAUUCGGUGGAGGAUGCGCGUGCGGCAAUGGGCAUCUACAAUCGGAUAGCCAGCGACUGGGAGAAGUACAUAGAAAAGAAAAACCAUCAGCAGCAGCAUUUCUGAUCCAAAAUCCCACUACCCUCUACUCAGGAGAGCAUCUUAGGCGUAAGGUCACUAGUUUCAUAUUUUUUUCGAAACUGUUGUUUAAUUAUAAAAGUCGUUACAACCGUAGCGGUACUGUUGUAAGGCUAAAUAUCUUAA